AUCGCCACAUCCACCCCUUCCCCAGCCCCAGCUCCAGCAGGGAGCCGGCAGGGCCAGGAGAGAGCCCAGGACAGAGGCCAGGAAAGGGGCCAGACACAGGAGAAGGCCCCUCCUGGAGGUGGAGGAGGGUCAGAGAGGUGGAGAGAGGCCCAGCAUGAGAGACAAACAGCCAGGGAGGCCAGAGGACAGACAUCAGUGUUCUGCCCUGCUGCUACGUACCCUGCCCCCGGCCAGCGGAACAGAGAACCCAGAGACGGAACCCAGGGGGAUUCUUCUGGUUCUAGAACCUUCCAGCAGGGAAUCAGAGUAGGUUCUAGUUCUGGUUCCGGAGGGUUCCAGAACCAAAGUCGGAGAGAGCAGCACUCGGUACCCGAUCUGUCGUUUAAUAAGAGAGGAGGAGGAGGAGGAGGAGGAGGAGGAGGGAUGAAGCAGGACAACGGACCUGCACCAGCUGCCUCUAAACCAGGCCAGCACCAGACAGAGUCCAGUUCUAACUGUGUAUCAGAACCUAAAGGGGUCCAGAGGUCUGACAGCGGAACAGACAACAGAGCUGAGCCCAACAGCAGACGGAGAGGAGGAGGGGGGAAGUCCCACAGGGAAAGGCCCAACUCUGACAACUUUGACCGUUACCGGGACAACGGACCGUCGAACUCUUCUACGUCGUGGGCGGGGCAAGAGAAGGACUGGGGCGUGUCCCGUGGUGAGUCUCGUCCAGUGAAAGGCCAAGUGGGCAGCGGCCCAGGCUCGGGGCCACACCUCCAAAACGGUGACUCGUCAACGGAACACCGGACAGGGCCAAUCAAACAACAGAACUACUCCUCUGGUCCCGCCCCCAGGGAGAGGGAGGAGCCACACAACAGGAACAGCACUAACCCCGCCCAUAACAACUCCAACACCGCCCCUAAGAAGAGAACGGGGCAGGUCAAAGGCCAGAGGUCAGACCAGAGGUCAGACCAGAGGUCAGACCAGAGGUCAGACCAGGGGCAGGUUGGGACCAUGGAGCCUGCAGUGGCUCAAGGCCUGGGGAACUUGAAACCAGGAGACCAGGUUCUAGCGCUCUACUGGGAAGACAACAAGUUCUACAGGUCCAGGAUAGAUGCUGUUCAUCCCUCCGGUCUCACGGCCGUCGUGGUCUUCACUGAGUAUGGAAACUGUGAGGAGGUCCUUCUACACAACAUCAGACCGGUCAGCACGGACUUCUGGAAGGAAGAGGAGGGGCUAGAGUACCGGCGCGGGGGAGACGGGCAGCCUCGGACCACCACGAGGACGCGGCCCACGGUCCAGUAUUACCAGCCGCCCAGGGCCAGGGACUGACUGACCACAUCAUGACUGAGUUACGACGGAAUCCACAAAGGAUCCCAGAGGUCGACGCAUCUGACCUCAAAAACCCACAUCUUUCUUCUCUCGGGGGUUGCAAAAUUCCCGCGACUUUCCCAGGUUUUUUCCCAGAAAUCCCUGUUUUGGAGGAUUCCACGUCCUUAUUUGUUCCCUCCUGAUUCCACAGAAUCUUUCAACUGUGGAUUUCUGAAAAACGGACUUCUGGGAAAGUUAGUGGGAUUUUUUUGCAGGCCUUCUCUCCUCUUCACCAAAAUACACGAUGACCGACUCUUCCUCUGUGUCUUCCUCUGUGUUCACUUUGUGUCUCCAUAUCAAGAAGUGUGAAACAUUCAGGAAAAGGAAUUGUUGCUCAAAAAGAGGCUGACGACGAGGACUCUAGCGAACAGACUUUGUGAAGCGCACAGCCGCUGUACACGGGGAAGAUUUGUAAAAUAGUUUAUUAUUAGACGAAUAAAAACACUGCUCCUGUA